AUGAACUUCGUCACUGACCUCCCUUCCUCGCAAGGGAAAAUUACAGUGCUGGUAGUAGUGGAUACAUUCACAAAAAUGGUGCACUUCAUUCCGUGCACGGGACUCCCAAAUGCUCAAGAUACGGCCUGUUUGUAUGUGCAGCAUGUGUACCAGUUGCAUGGUCUCCAGGAUGUAUUGGUCUUUGAUCGAGGGGCACAGUUCAUGGCACGUUUCUGGCAAGCAAUGUGGCAAAUCCUGCAGAGUGAGCUGAGACUUUCAUCGUCCCAUCACCCACAGAUGGAUGGGCAAACAGAAAGGGUUAAUGCCAUGCUAGAAGAGUACCUGCAUUGCUAUGUCAACUAUCAGCAGGAUAACUGGGUAUCCUUCUUGCCCCUAGUGGAGUUUAUUUACAACAAUGCCGUACACUCAACUACACAACAGACCCCAUUUUUUGCCAAUCUGGGAUAUCACCCUCAGGCUUUUGCCGCCCCUCGAGCCAGCCCAUUCGUCCUGGCGGCGGAGGAUUUUGUACAAGAGCUUCAGGCUAUACAGCAUCUGUUGAGAGAACAGUUAGAGUGGACCAAGGAGGAUUAUAAGAAGGCUGCGGAUCAGCAUCAGCAGGAAGGAGCCGAGCCUGGACCGUCCCCUGCCCCGCCAGCUCUUUUGAAACCAUUGCAGCCUUGGGCAGGCCGGCCAGAAGCGCGGGUGAGGGCGCGCCGGCCAGAGCCGCCCUGGGACGGGGAAGAGGAGGCGCCGCGGGGCCGCUUGCCAGGAGAUGCCGUACACAAGGGGGCGGCGGGGGCAGGUCCGGCCCGCCUCAGUCCCGCGGGCCUCGCUGGCGCCCGGGUCCGCCUUGCCUGCCUGCAAGGCUGGCAGUCGCACUCCUGCUGCCCGCCUGGCCGCUCCCUGCCAGCCACGUCUGGCGGGGAUCCGGGCGGGGGCGGACGGAGCGCUCUGCAGGAAGCGGUGGAGUGGCGGAAGGGGCCGGGCAGAGACCGCUGGGCCCUUGGUGUGGCUCCCCCGCGGCAGUCCCCGCGCAGGGUCUUCCUCCAGGUCCCUCGCCCAAGCAGCACCUCUCCUCUCUUCCCAGGGCUUCGGCAAGCCUCACUCACCGGCCUGCCACCGGGUUGGAUCCGCCCACUCUUCUCCACUUGCACCCGAAGAUCAGCAAAACCGUGGACUGGCGGGGCAAGGGCCCAGCCGAACGUCACCAACGGGAGCGCGCCGAACGAAGAUUUACUGUUCGCCCUGCGGCACGAACGGCUGGCUCCUUCUCCAGCACCUCCGCUAGAGACUAAGGGGGAGGCCUGGAGAUGUUAUACAUCAGUGUGUGUCGUGAGGGAAAGGACGUCUGAAGAGUGGGAACUGAUACAAUCUGUACCUGGGGUGUGGGCUGAGAACAACCCAUCAAGUUUAGCAGUACGUGCAGAACCAGUCCGAAUUACCCUGAAACCUCAAGCCAGCCCUAUACAACUUAAGCAGUACCCAAUUCCAAGUGAGGCCAGAGAACCAAUUCAACAUCACCUUAACAGGCUGAUGGAGUUAGGGGUGCUGACAAGUAUUACUUCUGCAUGGAACACACCUUUGCUGCCUGUUAAGAAGCCAGGGACAGAAGGCGAUUAUCGUCCAGUACAGGACUUGAGGGCAGUAAAUGAAUCCGUUAUAUCCAUGACCCCUAUAGUACCUAACCCCUACACUUUGUUGGGAAGAAUACCUGGAGGGAGUACUAUCUACACAGUAAUUGAUCUGAAAGACGCGUUCUUCAGUAUACCGUUGGCUGAAGAAGCAAUACCUUUGUUUGCCUUUACUUGGGAAGAUGUCCAAACAGGAGUUACUAGCCAGUACUCUUGGACCCAGCUGCCCCAAGGGUUCUGCCACUCCCCAUCUAUUUUUAGCCAGCAGUUGAAUAAAGACUUGAUCAGCUGGCAGGAGGAAAAUGGGCCCUUGUUAAUUUAUGUGGAUGAUAUUUUGCUCCCCAGUCCAGACUUUGAUACUUGUUGGAAAUAUUCCAAAUCUUUGUUGCAAACCUUGGAGGCCCUGGGUUACCGGGCAAGUCAGAAGAAGGCCCAGAUCUGUCAGCUGGAAGUAGAAUAUUUAGGAUUUAUAAUCCAGAAGGACCAAAGGUACCUUAGUCCAGCUCGUACUGCUGCAAUACGUUCACUACCGAGACCUGAAACUAAGAAAGAGCUCCGUACAUUGUUAGGAAUGGCCGGGUAUUGCAGGAUAUGGAUUCUGGACUAUGCCACCAUUACAAAACCAUUAUAUUCCAUGUUACAAGAAUGGAGGCCAGAAACUGCCCCUUUAGAUUGGGAGCCCUCCCACGUUGCGAGCCUGGAAAAACUGAACAAUGCCCUGCUAAACCCACCAGCAUUAGGGAUACCCGAUACGACAAGACCAUUCAAACUAUUUGUGGAUGAUAGAAGAGGAGUUGCGGUGGGAAUGCUGACCCAAGCCUUGGGCUCCUGGGAACGCCCCGUGGCGUAUCUAAGUAAGAAAUUGGACCCCGUAAGCCAAGGCUGGCCAAGCUGCUUGAGGAGCAUUGCGGCUACAUCCUUGUUGUUAACUGAAGCAUUGAAACUCACCUUCGGGCAAACCAUUCAAGUGACUGCAUCAAACUCCAUUCGAAAUCUGCUGGAAAAACAAGGGCCAAAAUGGAUGACGAGUUCCCGUUUAAUUAAAUAUACUGCCCAGUUGUGUGAAAAUCCAAACGUGAUUGUACAGGAUAGGGCAACAUUGAAUCCAGCUACAUUAAUGCCAGUGCCAGAGCAAGAGCCAGUACACGAUUGUGAAGAAAUAAUGACUAAAGUGUUCUCCAGUAGACCGGACCUAAAAGAUCAGCCAUUAAGGAAGGGACGAUCCCUAUUCUGCGACGGAAGUAGUUACUUACAGCAAGGGACUAAAGUAGCAGGAUACGCAGUAGUGGAACAAGGAGGACAUAUAGUCCGGCAUGGCAAGCUGCCCCCAGGAACUUCGGCUCAUAAAGCUGAAAUUAUAGCACUUACUGAAGCCCUACGUGAAGGAGCAGGACAGGAAGUGACAAUCUAUACAGAUAGUAAAAACGCUUUCCUCACCUUGCAAGUGCAUGGAGCCCUGUAUAAGGAAAGAGGAUUCCUCACCUCUGAAGGAAGGCCUAUAGCGUACGCACAUGAAAUCAGGGCACUCUUAGAUGCAGUGUGGAAGCCUAGGAAAGUGGCUGUGGUACAUUGUAGGGCUCAUAAAAGACAGGAUGGUCCGGUUGAAGGGCAGACUCCAUGGAUUCACUGGACCAGAGUGAAAUCAGCAGCGAAUCCAGAAUGGGAAGUAGUAACCAACACACCAGGGGCGUUGCGGAUGAGGAUCCGGAAGCGUGCCACUACUGGAAGCAGGGACAUGACGGGAGAAGCCUCCUCGGGACCGGCAACCGAGUGA